CGCUCUUCCGACAUCGCCGAGCACUCUUCCGUUGACGCCGACGCCCAUUCCGACCACUCCGCGCGCCUUUUGACAUCUCCUUGAGCUCUCUUUUUUCUCCCCUUCCUCACCCAUCUAAUCUAACUCAAAAUGUCCGCACCCCGAGCAAUCGCGCAGCUCGUCGUCGACAGCAUCCGCAUCACUGGCAAGGCCUUCGCCGCGGCGGGCCGCCAGGCCAUGGCGAACGCAAGGCAUAGGCCAGAGGCGCCCGACGCCGGACCGUCUGGACCUGGAGGCGGCUCGAAGUCGGUGACGCAAGACUUGGGCAUGUCUCUUGAGGAGGCGCACAUGAUUCUGAACGUGAAGAAGGAGGAGUCGAUGGAGAAGAUCCUGGAGAGCUACGAGCGCAUCUUUGCCGCCAACGGCCCGCCCCCACCGCCGAAAGAGAAGGAGGCCGUCGGGGCACAGGCAGGCGCCCAGAACGCGCGGCAGCGCUCCAAGGCCAAGGGCCCGACGCACUCGCACUACCUGCAGAGCAAGGUGUAUCGGGCGCUGGAGCGCAUCAAGGCGGAGCGGGAAGGCCAGGAGGCUGCGGCGGAGGCUGCGCCCGAGGCUGCGGCGGCGGAGGGAGCUGCGCCAGAGGGCGCACCGGAGGGCAAGAAGGACGCGGAGGGCAAGCAGUAGGGCAUAGACAUCAUGCAUGGCAUCACAC